GCCGCUGCUCAGAGGCUGCCUCUCACUGGAAGGAUGCAGACGGUGAAAGAAGAGAUUCCACUACAGUUAAUUAAGGAGCACUCCGCACGUGCCUAUAAACGCGAAGGGGCAAAUGAAUUCAGUGUUAGUGGGAGCAGCUCCUCAAGGGGAGGCAGUGAUAUUUCAAAGGUGGAAUUGAAAGAGCUGUAAAUCUAUUUCCUGACUCCGGCUUGACGGUCAUUUCUGAAUCACCGGACUGUUGCCAUCAAAGUGUGGAGCAAAGGGAGGCAGAGUCAGCGGAGUUCCCUCCUCGAGCUAAAAUUCAGAGUUAUUGGAUGGGAUCAACAUGAGCAGUGUUAUGGAUGGAUUUAUGUCACUCUGUUGAGAUAUUUAUAUACUCUUUGUUGGGUUGCUCAGCAGAUGUGUCCUGUCAUGUCCUGGCUGCUCUGCCUGUGCCUCUGGGUCAGUGUGACUGCCAUUCAGCUGUGUCAGGCCACUUUCUACGACACCAUCCAACAACAUCCCGGGACGCGGCCUGGACGGACCACCAUCCACAUGAUCGAGGGGGGCACAUGUGAAGUAAUCGCUGCUCACAGAUGCUGUAAUAAGAAUCGUAUAGAGGAGCGGUCACAGACAGUCAAGUGUUCCUGUCUGCCAGGGAAGGUGGCUGGAACCACCAGAAACAGACCUUCAUGUGUCGAUGCAUCCAUAGUAAUUGGGAAGUGGUGGUGUGAGAUGGAGCCUUGCCUGGAGGGAGAAGAAUGCAAGACGCUCCCUGACAACUCGGGCUGGAUGUGCUACGCCGGCAACAAGAUCAAAACCACAAGGAACACUCAGCCAUACACAACAUCAACAUAUUAACACUUUGCCAAAAGGAUGCAAGGGAACGCCUCGGGAGCAAAGGUUAAUCUGCAGCACUGUCACAGGACCAAUUACCACAAAAAACAAUGAACCUAUUGUUGCUUUAAGAAAUGUGAACACUUCUCAGAUUAAAGU